UCAUGCUGCUGCCAGGGUCCAGAAUUGUGUCAUGGGUCCCUGUACGGCCUCCCAUUGCUGCUGCCAGGCCUGUUUAAUCUGCCAUGGCCCCCGUUAAAGAAAAAUGACCUCCUCAUGCUGCUGCCAGGCCCGUAAUCUGCCAUGGGCCCCUGUACCGCCUCCUCUCAUGCUGCUGCCAGGACCACAGAGUGUGUCAUGGGUCCCUGUACGGCCUCCCAUUGCUGCUGUCUCUAUCGCCACACUCUGCCAUGUGCCACUUUCAGGUCUCCUCACGCACUGCUGGUGGUUUCCAUUUUUGUCAUAGCGUGCUGUAUGGCCUCCCAUUGCUGCUGCCUCCAC